UUGCGUGGUGUUGGUGUGGACUUUUAUUUUGACGUGUUUUAAUAACGCGAGACUUUAGCAGGGAGCUGGAGCUCGGGGGAGAAAGGUCUGCGCUGAGAGUCUCCAGUCUUGAGCUGAAGCUUUUCACAAAGAGAGAAAACAUGUCUCUGGCCAGUUUUUUACCCGCGCCCACUCAGCUGUCCCAGGACCAGCUUGAGUCAGAAGAGAGGACCAGAGCUCAGAGGUCCCAGUCCACAUCUCUGAUGCUCACUCGAAGAGAACCACCUCCCUAUGGUUCUCGAAAAGGAUGGGUUCCCCGCAGUAUUGAGGAUUUUGGAGAUGGUGGUGCAUUCCCUGAGAUCCACGUGGCUCAGUAUCCACUGGAGAUGGGCAGAAAAAAGAAGACAUCCAAUGCCCUUGCUGUACAGGUGGAUGCUGAGGGCAAAAUAAAGUAUGAUGCAAUUGCUCGACAAAGCCAAGGAAAGGAUAAGGUUAUAUUCAGUAAAUACACAGAUUUGCUUCCUAAAGAAGUGCUCAAUGAUGAUGCCCCAGAGUUACAGAGACCAGAUGAAGAGGCCAUUAAAGAGCUUACAGAGAAGACCAGAGCUGCUUUGGACAAGCAGGUUUCCCAGAAAAUUGCUGCAGCAAUGCCUGUACGUGCAGCAGAUAAACAGGCACCAGCACAGUACAUACGGUACACACCUUCUCAGCAGGGAGUAGCAUUCAACUCGGGGGCCAAGCAAAGGGUCAUCCGUAUGGUGGAGAUGCAAAAAGAUCCAAUGGAACCCCCACGUUUUAAAAUUAAUAAGAAAAUUCCUCGUGGACCUCCCUCUCCUCCUGCUCCAGUUAUGCACUCUCCCAGUAGAAAGAUGACGGUGAAAGAACAACAGGAGUGGAAGAUUCCUCCAUGCAUUUCCAACUGGAAGAACGCAAAGGGUUACACAAUCCCACUGGAUAAACGUCUUGCUGCUGAUGGAAGAGGUCUUCAGACAGUUCAUAUUAAUGAGAACUUUGCAAAGUUAGCUGAAGCUCUCUACAUUGCAGAUAGAAAGGCCAGAGAAGCAGUGGAGAUGCGCGCCCAGGUGGAAAAGAAGAUGGCACAGAAGGAAAAAGAAAAGAAGGAGGAGAAGCUUAGGGAGCUUGCGAAGAUGGCGCGAGACAGAAGAGCAGGGAUCAAAGGCCAUGGAGAAAAAGGUGGUGAGGAUGGUGAAGCCAGAGAGCGUGAUGAGAUUCGUCAUGACAGGAGGAAAGAGAGACAGCACGAUAGAAACAUCUCCAGAGCAGCCCCUGAUAAAAGGUCUAAACUGCAGCGGGACCAAGACCGAGACAUCAGUGAACUGAUUGCGCUGGGCCAGCCCAACCCCCACACCUCCAGUGAGGCUCAGUAUGACCAGAGGCUGUUCAACCAGAGCAGGGGAAUGGAUAGUGGCUUUGCUGGAGGAGAAGAUGAGACAUAUAAUGUGUAUGACCAGCCCUUUAAGAGUGGCAGAGACAUGGCACAGAACAUGUACAGGCCCAGCAAAAAUGCAGACAAGGAUAUGUAUGGAGAUGACCUGGACACACUUAUGCAGAGCAGCAGGUUUGUACCUGAUAGGGAAUUCUCUGGCACUGACCAUGGACCUCGCAGGGAUGGACCUGUCCAGUUUGAGGAGGAUCCUUUCGGUCUGGAUAAGUUCUUGGAGGAAGCCAAGCAACACGGUGGCUCCAAACGGCCGUCCGCUAGUGGCCGCUCUAAGGACUAUGACCAUGAGAAGAAGCGCAGGAAGGAGUGACCGGUGCAAAAAUACAUUUUGGGCUAAUUUUGACUAAUGUAAAACAGACCCGAGUUAUGGGGCAAGCUGUGGAGAAAAAAUGUUAGUGUGCUCUGUAAUAUAUCAACAAGAUAUUACAAAUAAUUUUUUAAGACCGAUUUUGGUACACACAGCUACUAAACUGGAUGUAAUGUGUAUUUUACUGACCUAGCUACAAGGUGCAUUUGUAAAAAGUAAUGGGACCCCUCCAUAGUAUGAUUUAGGUGUUAGAGGUUUGCUAUUUUUGUUCUUUUAAAGUAAUAGUGCUUCAGAUACUGUUGAUCACCAGUUGUCAUAUUGCAAAGCUAUCUAAUAAACACAUGAGUGAAAAUAAGUCAUGUUCUAAAACUUUGUGAAUGUUGUCACAAAUUGGCUUUACAGAGUUCCUGGUCUAAAGCUCUUAAAUAACCCAAAGGUGAAAUCAAGACGUAGAAACUUUAAGAGGAACCAAGACUCAAAGGGGGAACCCAUCCUCCUCUGGUCAACACUGAAUAGCACAAGUAUGAUUAACAACCUUAACUGCUUACAUUUUUCAGUCAGGAGUGGAAUAAGGUCACCCAAAAGCAGUGUGAAAGACUGGAGUAGAGCAUGCCAAGAUAAAUGAAAGCUGUGAUUAAAAAUCAAGGUUAUUCCACCAAAUGUUGAUUUCUGAACUAUUCCUGAGUUAAAACUUUAGGAUUGUUGUUUCUUAAUUAAUAUGAACUUGUUAUAUUACUUGUAAUAUGAACUUUUUGCAUUGUUUGAGGUCUGAAAGUACUGCAUCUUAUUAUUUUUGGCAUAUAUUUUGUGCAAAUAAAUGUUGUAAAUUUC